AUGCCGCUGUCAGCGCCGCUGCACAAACUGCUCUGCGUGUGCCACAUUGUCAGCUACUUCGAUUAUCAGAAGAAAGUGUGCCAAUUGCUGGGCUUGUACAACCUGCGAUACAAUGAGGACACCCAGAAGUUCGGCUUUGGGCAUCAGGUGUUCGUAUACUUCUAUUGUUUCUGGAGCCUACUGUGUCUUCCGUUUUACCUAAUAUUUCUCGGUGGGUUUGUUAUCGAUCAAGGUAGCCUCUUUAUCUACCUCCUGCCCUGCCUCUAUUACAAAUACCUGAAGAGAUCUAUGCUCGGAACCUUGAAUGAGAUGGCAAAGGUUCACAGGAAGCUGCAAUUCACAAUGGGUACAAUGUUCUGUGUGUCCGUCAAGCGGGCAUUUUGCUGUUCCUGGCUGAUAGCCAUUGAACUGGUCCUCGUCAUCUACUGGCAAAUUGAGUCCUUACAGAAUGGCCUGCAACGUUUCUAUGUGUUUUCCGGCCUAUUGGGGUGGCAUCUGCAGCUUCUCCUCCUCGUUAACAGCUACAUUUGGCUGCAGUCCAUAUACGUAGUUAUGAAUCAGAUAUUCACACAAAAUCAGUUUACGACUAAAGAGCGCUGGAAAAUGUUCAAGACUGUAAUGAAACUACACGGCAUACUACAGAACAUCCAACGAGAUAUAGCGCACUACUUCAGUGUGUACAUAUGUUCCGUAGUCGUUCUUUUGUCGGGCGUUUUCUACCGAGCUGUUUUUGAAGCUGGUUUCGAUUGGGACCACAGUCGAUUGGUGUUGUUGAGAUUGGAGUUUUGGCACAUUAGAUACUUUGGAAAUCUAAUCCUCCUCAUUGGCACUUUUCUUUUGGUUGUUUGCGACUACAAAUCGGAGCGAGACAAAUUCCUGAAAGGUGUGUGGAACACCCAAGAUCUGCUCCAAAAAAAAUGGAGUAGCAUAAGUUCAAAUCGCUGUAAGCAAAUCCCAGAUGUUCUGGACUUGAUGAUCCUAACUGGAAAUACAUUUCGUGGUAUGAUAUGCACGACCGUCGCUCUGUGGGAACUGAGGAUCAAACAGGACACUGUGCUCAUACUAGAGGCAGCUUUCUUCAUGAACUACUUCUUUCUGCUGAUGUUCAACGUUUGCCUAGUACCUAUUAUAGCUAUCGCGAACGGAUUCGAGAUGGGCUUGGAGCAUAGGUUUUUGAAUUUCACAUUCUUUGAAUCGUAUAUAAAUGACUCGGAUCCCAUAAGCCUAACUUUCGACAAUGUAACGAUGUAUUCCUAUGUCCUUAGCCAUGCGCUGGGAUAA